AUGGGUCCCAGUGAGUACGAUGAGUUGGAGAACAUCGUCGAACGCUGUAGCGCAAGAGGCCCAAACACAUGUGGGUGGAAAAUCACUAUGACAGAGGACAUACACGAUGAACCGGACCGUCUCAAUGGCUACCCAUUUGCUGACCACAACGGUAUCGGAGUGCGGUUAUCUUACACCAAAGGAAGCAUCACGGUCCGGGCUAAUGUGAGUUCGAACCCCAAGACCACAUGGUGUGAUCUUCUUCCUACUCUCAAAUGGAGGCGAGACGCGCAUGGCGCCCAACAUACCUUUUUCCUCCACAUGGCCGCAACGCCCAGGUUUACGUACACAUUGCGUCACCCGGAGUUUUUUAUCACAUCGGACACAAAUCUGGUGGAUGGGUUUGUCUCCAGAUGCACAGCAACCACACGCAUAUCACCAAAAAAUCAGGUGGGUGUGUCAUUUACGUAUGACCCCAGCAGAAGUGGUUUGAAAGACUACACGUUUCUUUUUGCACGGGAGGCGUGUGCCGCCGUGCUCGGUGGUGACGUCGUGGCCAAGUAUAACGCCACCCGCGGUAUAGGCCUUCACCUUCGUGUUCCGACGAACGCAUACACCAGUGCGGUUGUCUUGGCAGAAAAGCAGCGGUUCAUAGUGGGAGCAGAGGCUCGCUCAUCCUGCGGUGCUCAGAUGUUAAUGAAUAUAAACCUAGUCGACCAGAGGGCUGAAGUGGCUCUUUCGCGAUUCUUUGGCCCAGUCUGGCAAGUGGCACUCAACUACUCAGCAGUUCUGAACAAGCCUACCACUGGGUAUAUUUCGACAGUGUCCCCGCGGUUUGGUAUUGUUUUCACAGGAAGGUGA